UGUGAAUCAAAGAAGGAUAUAGAAGCGCAGCACCACUUCCUGCUUAGUUCAUUCGUAACGGCACAGUGCCCGUUUCAACUUUUUAAUAAGCGCACGGAAACAGAGAGUGUGAAAUUGAAGUUCUACAUAAGUUAAGCCAUUUGGAGUAAGGGGUGAGCAUUGGAGAGAAAAACGAGAAAAGCUCCGAGGAAAUAAACUGCUAACACCUUGAUUUGUCUUUGUGUGAUUAUUCCAGACACUGGAGAUCCGGUUGGGUGGAACAUCCUGUACAACUGGAAGCCUCUUUGCUGUGGAGUGUACUAAGAUGCAACAAUAGUCCCAGGUGGCAGACCCCUCCCUUCCCUCCCCCCCCUCCCCCAACAACCACCCUGCUCUCCCCUUUCCUCUCUUUUUCAUCUCAUAUCUUUUGAUUACUCCUCCCGUGGUCAAUACGGCCCACUUCGCACGGCUCUAGCUUUCCAGCCAGCCAGCAAAUGAUUGGAAGCUGUAGUCCUUUGGACUCCUGCAUAUGUUCCCACCUCUCCUGAGGACAGCAGAAAGCAGUACAAGAUCGCACAAGCAAACUGACAGCCUUUAAACUAGAAGAGUUUCAACCAUGGUGGAAUGGACCACUGACAUAAUCACACUGAGGGAAGUUGCAGAAUGUUGAGCUGGCAUCACCACCAACAUCACAUCGUGCCAGUCACCCACAGGACUACCAGACAGACAGCAUCUCAACCUGUGGUGGAUAAUGGGAUUGAAAUAGAGGUGACAAGCUUUAUGUGCAUUUUUGGAUUAUAGUCUCUCUAAACCUCACUUGUGCUUUCUCCAUUUAUCAGUAAACCCAAAGUGCCUUUUGGAUAUUUUUUCAUUUUGCCACACUCCCAUAUGAGAACAUUGCUGUAAGAUUUUUGUAAAGGACCUAAAACUUAUUAUCAAUGUGAUUCAGCAUAUCUGUGCCAUAUUCAACAGCUGCACGCAUUAUGGACUCUGUGUUUACAGUAAAACUUCCUUUAUUGUUGUAUAGUUGACUGUUAGUCACCAGCACCAACCAACCAGUCAGCUGACCAACCAGUGAAAACCACUUCCUCCUCUGUUGCUGUGGCACUCUUUCGUUAACAUGAUCACAAUCCAGUCCAAAUGGCGCUACUUGUUCAUGUUCCUGGGCAUCCAGUUGGUUGUUAUGGCACUGCUCUCCCGUGAGGGCUACCAGAAAAGGGUCACCUACUUUAUCCGCAUCUUCCGCAAACCUGACAGCAGUGGCGGUGGAAUACCCCAGGGCUGCAACAACACCAGCGGGCCAGAUGGCUUAGCAGGUUCAAGGGCAGGUGUAGGGGCUGAUGUGUACGCCAACCUAUCCUUGCUGGCCAGGGUUCAGACCGGAAGUAAGGACAUGCCCUUCUGCCCCAAGACAUCCCCUCUCAUUGGUGGGCCAAUCCAUGUCCACUUCCCUUCAGGGUUAACUUUUGCUGAAGUACAGAGGAAGAAUCCACUAGUGGUCCGUGGGGGUCGGUACAGGCCGCCAGACUGUGAGGCGCAACAUCGAACUGCCAUCAUUAUUCCUCAUAGGAACCGGGAACACCACUUAAAAUUCCUACUCUAUUACUUGCAUCCAUUCCUGCAGCGACAACAGCUCAACUAUGGCAUCUAUGUCAUCCACCAGGCUGGGAACUACACGUUCAACCGAGCAAAGCUGAUGAACGUGGGCUUUCGCGAGGCUAUGAGGGAGGAGGACUGGGAUUGCCUCUUCUUCCACGAUGUGGACCUUAUACCAGAAGAUGACCGCAACACAUAUGUGUGUGACUCCCAGCCCAAGCAUGCCGCCAUCGCUAUGGAUAAGUUUGGCUACAAGCUUCCAUACAAGAUGUAUUUUGGAGGAGUGUCUGCAUUGUCACCUCUGCACUACCUUAAAAUGAACGGUUUCCCCAACAACUACUGGGGCUGGGGAGGAGAGGAUGACGACAUUGGCAUUAGAGUUUCAUUGGGAGGAAUGUAUAUCAAACGACCGUCGCUGAAAGUGGGUCGCUACAAGAUGAUCAAACACAAAUUGGACAAGGGAAACGACGUGAACCCUAGGAGGUUCAACAUGUUGGCCAAGACACGACAAACCUGGAAGCUGGAUGGCAUGAACACUGCAGAGUAUGAGGUGUUGAUGCGUGACUACCUGCCUCUCUAUACUAACAUCAGCGUUAACAUUGGCAUGGAGGCCGGUCUGCAUGCCACCCAAUUAUCCAACACUCCUGCGAAAACCCCAGCUAAGCCUCCAGUCAAACUCUCCACCAAGGUCCCAGCCAAGCCCCCUGUCAAACCCAAACAGGACCAACCAAAGAGCCAACACCACUGAACUCCUACACCCAAAUAUAUAUCCAUUCCACCUGUGACUUAUUACCUGGUGUGUGGAACAUGCCUGUUACCUUGAAAAAACAGUCCUUUUCUUGACCACUGACUCCUAUCAAACCUUUUGGGGGAGAUAUACAUUCCCUAGGUGUGCUGGAUUCCAUGAUAGACACGUUGCCUUUUCUGUAAUUGAAAAACUGCAAUUUACAGUCUGUUGUAUCAAGAUGAAAGAGGGAUUGGAGUCACCUCAUCCUGACUCUACUACUGGCCAUUGAUGACUUCUCUCUGCUGUGGGUUGUUAAGGGAACAGUAGAGGACAAACUGACUUUGCCUGUGUUUAUUUCUCUGCAGCACAGUUAAAACAGCCACUUUUUGAACCUGAAGUUGCCUUAGAAUACAUAAUCUUUUUUUGUCCUCACACAAUUACCUUAUAUUUUGUAUGAUUAUAGGUGGUAGAGGGAUUGUUGUGUUUUUGCAAAAAUUCACUAGAAUUUGUUAUUUUUAUAGCGUAGAAGUUUGAUACUGUAGCUAAUGUGGUGAAUUUUGACUUUUGGAACCAUGCUGUGGAAGUGUCGAGUUGCAGCCCAAUGGUUCCUCGUAUCAAAGAGGAUAUGUAAUUUCAACCUUUCUAUUGACACAAUAGUGCAGACAUACAGCUCAUUUUAUCUUUUUGGUUGUCAGUACAGUACAAUCAAAACAGCAUGUUUUUCCUUAUCAUAUUCUCCAUCUACAACCAUGGUAUUUUCUAUGUUUAAAAAUAAAUAAAUAUUGCCUUUGUAAGAGUGGGCUCGGGUAAAUAUUAUCAAUCAAUUGCCUUCAGAUGAGCAGGCUAUUGUGUACUUCAUUGUUUACUGGUGUAUGCUGUUAUUUUUUGUUUAAUUCCAUGGGAUCAACAAGACACUUUAUUACAUUUUAGUUAUGUUAUGCUGGUUUAGACAUUUUUAAUUUCUCCUCAAAUGAUUAAUUUAUCAGCACUGAAUUAUAAUAGUUAGGUGGAAGAAGUCCAUUGCAGUCUUUUGUCUAAUGACUUCUACUUCCAGUCUCUUUAGAUUAGUGCAUCUCCGUUAAUGAAGUCAAAAGCCACAUUACGUUUUCUUUAAUUUGAUCGUACAGUGUGGAAUUUCUUGACAACUAGGGAUGAAGUCUAGUAAUGGGCAUGGUUGACUUGUGGCCAGUACAUAAGGGAAGUACUGUAAUAAGGGAACAUUGUGCCAGUUAACUGUCAACAACUUCAUGCCAUGCAACCGAUGUGCUUUGAAAGCUAAAAAUUAUUUUCUUUAUAAUUCUUUUCAUUUACAUCAAUGCUGUUUGCAUGAUUGGGUUUCUUUGUUAAGCAACCGCAGCAUUCCUUUUGACUCCUAUUACGGAGAAUGUGCUGCUAUAUAAUAGGCAAAUCAGUCAAAAUGGUAACAAAUGACGUUGCAAGCAAUGCUGUCCAUUAAUUCAUUGGGUUUUUUCUUGUUUAAAAAAAAUGUUUUAUCUAUGCAUGUUAAUGGGUUGUCUCCAGUCCAUUGUUCUAUUUACCUGUGACACGUUAUGGAAAUGUAUAGAAACUACAUUUGUGUUCUGUAGUUUGUGAAUCCUUUCAAAUAGUCCACUUUUCACAACCUUUCAGCCUGAAUUCAUUCAACAGCAUUACCAGUCUGUAUGUAAUCUGAAUAUGCAUAACACAUACAGUUGUAUGCAAAAGUUUGUGAACCCUUUCAAAAUAAUGAGCCGUUCUAAAACCUUAUUACUUGAAAUCAAAAUUGAAGAAAUCUUUAUUGUUUUGAAAAAUUAUUUUAAAUCAUGUUUGGUACUUGGCAGACAUAUUUUCCAUGUGUUAACUUCCAGAAGUCUGACCUAUGAAUGUUAUGUUUUUACUUUGUGUUUAUAUGUGAUAUUGUGUGUAGAGGACUAAGACUAAAUUCAGUAUGUAAGGUUUUAAAAGGCAAAUUAUCUCAAAUGGUGGCCAAACUUAUGCAUACAACUAAAGCCUUGGUAGGGCGGUCUGAUAAGUCAACACGGAUAUGACCCAGAAAAAUGUGUUCAAAAGACGGUUUGGUUACAUCUGCUCUAUAUAUUUGAACAGGUUAAGCCUCUAUAUAUUUGUUUGCUGUAUGUGUGUGCUCUUUAGUUCAUUGUUAGUGUGACCAACACUCCACAGGGAUGUUGAUAUACAUUUCAGGAUAGUGUGACUUUUUUUGCUAUAGUUUCUUAAUGAAAUCUGCACAGUCCAGAGUGGCCUUAUAUAAUGAAUAAUAAAGAAAUUAUGACUCAGA